AUGGAUAUUCUCAUUAGGUGGCGGUACACGAUAAUCACAGGGAUCCUCAUUUUAACAGUGCCAGAAAAUUGUCAAAGUCUCGAUGUAGAAGAGACAACUUCGUCAAUAGAAUAUAGCGUUAGUAGUAGUACUAGUAUAAUCACCAAUCAUGGUUCAACGGAGACUAGCGACAAAGGUUAUCCUGAAGCGGCAGCUUUAUUAGAAAAUUCAAAUCAUACCAGGGAAGCUCUAACUCGCGAUACCAGCGAAGUAGAUUCGGUUGUAUUUAUUGGUGAUACUUCAGGAUAUGUGCCUGUUCCAGCACUUAGGCAAAGAAACCCAGCCAUUGAAUCAGACGAUGUAGAUUGGCAACAACCCGUGGACACUUGGGAUAGGGAAUACAGGAGAUUUCGUUUUAACAAUACUAGAGUUCAGCAUAUCGAAGCUGAAUGUCAAGAUGAUUUCAUGAAAAUUAGAAUAGGUUUCAACGGAACAUUUACUGGACUUGUGUACUCAGCAGGUUAUGCAUACGAUCCGGAUUGCAUGUAUAUAAAUGGCACAGGAAGAGACUACUACGAAUUUUACAUUCAGUUAAACAGAUGCGGUACGUUAGGGAAAAAUACUCAUAACGAGGACAACAGAAAAACACCAACGAAAAAUUUUAUGUGGAACACCGUCACCGUACAGUAUAAUCCCCUUAUUGAAGAAGAAUAUGAUGAACAUUUUAAAGUUACUUGCGAAUACGGAUACGAUUUUUGGAAAACAGUAACUUUUCCUUUUUUGGACGUUGAAGUGGCAACAGGAAAUCCUGUUGUCUUCACUUUAAGCCCUCCAGAAUGCUACAUGGAAAUUAGGUAUGGAUAUGGUACAACGGGAAACAGAGUUACAGGGCCAGUAAGGGUUGGUGAUCCACUUACAUUGAUAAUAUAUAUGAGAAGUAAAUAUGAUGGAUUUGAUAUUGUAGUGAAUGACUGUUAUGCACACAACGGAGCAACAAAGAAAAUUCAACUGAUUGACGAAUACGGUUGUCCAGUAGAUGAUAAACUAAUUUCAAGAUUUCGAGGAUCUUGGUCUGAGGCUGGCGUAUUUGAAACACAAGUGUUUGCAUAUAUGAAAACAUUCAGAUUCACUGGCUCUCCGGCAUUAUAUAUUGAAUGUGACGUUAGAAUGUGUCAUGGAAGAUGUCCUAGUCAACCAUGCCAUUGGAGAAAUAUAAAAACAGUACAGAAACGGUCAAUUGAAGAAGAGGCCUCCUCAACUAUAGGAUCACAAAAUACUUCAUCGCUCUCAGAAAACAUCAAUCUGUUUCAAUCACUUCGAGUAUUACAAGAAGGUGAAUCUGAUGAUGAUCGAAAUGUCACAUUUGCAAGCCAGCAAAUAGCGGAUCCCAACAGCAUAUGCAUGAAAACGGGGUGGUUUUCAGCGCUUCUUGCACUAGGAGGUGGGGCCAUGUGUUUAUUGGGUGGUGCCCUUUUAGCAACCUGUACCAAAAUGAGGAAAGUUGCCAUCGACAAAGUGCUUACCGGCACACAUUUCAAUGGAUAUAUGAAUCAUAGAGGCAGUAUUAAUUGA